UGGGUCUUUAGUAACUUCGGCUAAGUCAGAUAUUAAAGAAAUACCAAUUUUAGUUGAGUUUAACGAAAAAAUAAUAACUUUGGCUGAGUCUGAUAAAGAAAUGAUAGCUUCAGCUAAGUCUGACGAAAAAGAAAUAUAA